GUGUGUGUGUGUGUGUGUGUGUGUGUGAGAGAGAGGGAGAGAGGGAGUGAGAGAGAUAAGCGAGUAGUGUGUGCAUAUUUGUGCGCUGGUGUAUGCAGGCACUCUCUCCCCAGCUACUGACAGCCAGCCAGGGAGGCAGAGAUAGAGCAGGAGAGAGAAAACAUAGCUAGAAACUAGAAGCCUCUAAAAAUAAUGGUUUUGAUUUUGCAGCAGAUUCUCAUUGCGGUCAUUCAAUUUUUCAGAAGGGGACAGCAAGUGUUCCUGAGGGCGGAGGAGCCGGACACCUUCCAGGAUGCUUUGCUCAGGCUUGCCUCCAUCAUUGAAAGCAGCUCCUUGCGGGAAGUCAUCAAAGAGGUGCUGGAGGCCCUGCUCCCAAAAGUGGAAAGUGUGUUUGUGUACCUGCUGGAUGUGGAGACCAGCCGGCUGCUCUGUGAAGACCCAGCCCAUGAGCUGCUCGCAGAGGGAAAGCUCAGGGAUGUGGUGACCCAGAAGAAGAGGGUGCAGUGUGCAGGUCUGCCCCAGUCUGAGCUACAGGAGAAGCAGAGGAACAGCCUAGCAGCGCCCCUACCACCCGACAAACGCGCACUGAUCAUUCCUCUGGCAGACCAGGAUCAAGGCACAGUCAUCGCUGUAAUCUUGGCCUGUUGUAAGCAGCUGAAUGAACAAGAUGAGCAGCACCUCAGUAUCCUGGAGAAACAUGUCAUUGUGGCGUGUAAGAGAGUUCAGGCGCUCCAGCAGUCUGCGCCGUGGGGGCAGGUCUGCCUGUCUCCUGUCGCGUCCCAGAGUUCCCUCGCCAAGCCCGAGGCCACGCCUCCUGAUGGGACCUACAGCGAGAUGGACCACAAGAUCCUUCAGCUUUGCGGUGAGCUUUUCGACUUGGAUGCUGCCUCGCUCCAGCUGAAAGUCAUCAAUUAUCUGCAGCAGGAGACUCAAUCACAGUGUUGUUGUCUGCUCCUAGUAUCAGAGGACAAUCACCAGCUAUUCUGCCAGGUGGUUGGGGACAAGGUUCUGGAGGAAGAAAUCAGCUUUCCUCUAAUGUUUGGUCGCUUUGGAAAGGUAGUGGAGAAGAAGAAAUCCAUCACCCUGGAUGAUGUCAGUCCAGAAGAACACCGACAGCUGAACAGCAUGCUGGGAUUUGAGGCUCACUCCAUGCUGUGUGUGCCUGUUGUCAGUCAGGCCACCUCUCAGGUGGUGGCCUUAGCUUGCACCUUCAACAAGAAGGGGGGUCAGAGAUACACAGAGGCAGACGAACGCAAGAUCCAGCACUGCUUCUGCUACACCUCCACCGUUCUGACCAGCACAUUGGCUUUCCAGAAGGAGCAGAAACUCAAGUUUGAGUGCCAGGCACUGCUGCAGGUCGCCAAAAACCUCUUCACACACUUGGAUGAUGUCUCAGUCUUGCUGCAGGAGAUCAUCAUUGAAGCCAGAAACCUCAGCAAUGCUGAGAUCUGUUCAGUGUUCCUGCUGGACAGGUUGAGUCAUGAACUGGUUGCCAAGGUGUUCGAUGGUGGAGUGGUGAAUGAUGAUGAGAAAGAGUUCCGGAUCCCGGCAGAUCAGGGGAUUGCAGGUCACGUGGCCACCACAGGGAAGAUCCUAAACAUCAAGGAUGCCUACUCGCACCCGCUUUUCUACCGGGGCGUGGACGACAGCACUGGCUUCCGCACCCGGAACAUUCUCUGCUUCCCCAUAAAGGAUGAGAAUAAUGAGGUCAUUGGAGUGGCUGAGCUGGUCAAUAAGACCAAUGGACCGUGGUUCAACAGAUUUGAUGAGGACUUGGCCACUGCCUUCUCCAUAUAUUGUGGUAUCAGUAUUGCUCAUUCUCUCUUGUACAAAAAAGUCCAUGAGGCGCAGUUUAGGAGUCACCUUGCCAAUGAGAUGAUGAUGUACCACAUGAAGGUAUCUGAGGAGGAAGUGGUCAAACUGCUGGUUUGUGGGGUUGAGCCAGUUGACGAGAUUCACCCUCACUUUGCUGAAUUCACCUACACACCUCGGUCCCUGCCAGAUGACAGCACACCCAUGGGUAUUCUUAGCAUGUUUGAGGACAUGGGCUUCAUCAAUACCUACAAAAUUGACCUGCACACACUGGCUCGGUUUUGUCUGAUGGUGAAGAAGGGCUACAGAGACCCGCCUUACCACAAUUGGAUGCAUGCUUUCUCCGUGUCCCACUUCUGCUACCUGCUCUACAAGAACCUGGAGCUCUCCAACUACCUCGAGGAUAUUGAGAUCUUUGCCCUCUUUGUGUCCUGUAUGUGCCAUGACCUGGAUCACAGGGGGACCAACAAUUCCUUCCAAGUGGCAUCACAAUCAGUCCUGGCUGCCCUGUAUAGCUCGGAAGGCUCUGUGAUGGAGAGGCACCACUUUGCCCAGGCGAUUGCUAUUCUCAACACACAUGGCUGCAACAUCUUUGACAAGUUCUCCAGAAAGGACUACCAGAGGAUGCUGGAUUUGAUGAGAGACAUCAUUCUAGCCACAGACCUGGCUCAUCACCUGCGCAUCUUCAAAGAUCUGCAGAAAAUGGCAGAUAUGGGCUACAACGCCAAAAACCAAACCCACCGCAGCCUGCUUCUCUGUCUGCUCAUGACGUCAUGUGACCUCUCUGAUCAGACCAAGGGCUGGAAGACCACAAGAAAGAUUGCGGAACUCAUUUAUAAGGAGUUCUUCUCUCAGGGUGAUUUGGAGAAGGCCAUGGGCAACAGGCCCAGCGAGAUGAUGGACAGAGAGAAAGCUUACAUCCCUGAACUGCAAAUCAGCUUCAUGGAGCAUAUUGCCAUGCCCAUCUACAAACUUCUGCAGGAGCUAUUCCCAAGGUCAGUCGAGCUCUAUGACAGGGUAUCCGCCAACCGUGAGCAAUGGACCAAGGUCUCCCACAAGUUCACCAUCCGCGGGUUGCCUAGCAACAACUCCCUGGAUUUCCUGGAUGAGGAGUACGAGCUGAUGCAGGCGCAGAGCGGGCAGAGCGAGGAUGUCCACCGGAUGAACGGCUGUCUGGACCCGGACUCCCAGCAGAACCAGUGACCGAUCUGCCAAACAUGUGCUUAUUCUUUUUUUAUACACACAGGACAGGACGUGUGUGUGGGAUAGUAACACCUUAUAUUUGAGAGCAGAAUUAUCUUCAGCGUCGCAAAAAACUUUAGACCUGCCGGUGCUGAUAUUGAGAAAGGUCCUGCCACCAGAGUGCAAGUGUGCCGAAACUACAAAAGAGACAACGCUAUUCAAUGGGAUGACAUUGCAGCAGUGAAAAAAACACAUUUUUACAAAUCACAUGUUAAUAUUGUAAAUCAAUGACAGGCUUCACUAGCAUUAUUGAUGUGUGCUGUAAUACAUACUGGUGAAAACAUGUCUCAGAAUGGUAAUUCCAGUAAUGUAAAUAUAAAGUGUUACUUUAUUCAGCUUUUAAACGCCAAAACAUGGUGGUUGCAGGCUUGAUGUCUUUAUAUAUGGGUAAUUUUUGAACGAACACAUUUCAGGUUUUUGUGCAUUUGUAUCCAUCCCUAUCCUUGUUGAGUAAAGUGUUAUAGUUGACAGCAAAUUCUGAGCAAUUUCAGCAGUGCACCCAUUGCCAAGUGUUCAAGCACUCAAAUCACAGUAAAUUCAGUACAGGUACAAACCAUCUCAGAAAAUUUUCAGCUCAUUUUUCAAUAAUAACCCAUGUAUUUCUAACAAAAUCCAGUCCCGUCUCAUUAUUAGACGAUCUCUGCAGAUUCUGUUUAAUUUGUCGAGUGUGUGUAAUUUAUGAUUUACGAUUCUGGAUUUUGGAAGAAAACCUUUUUGAAAACAGCUUAAACCUCAUGCAAAGUAAAAGACAGACAAUCAAGCCUUCUUGUUUCUCACAAGGAAAACAUUUUUAACGUUUCAUUUCAUAGUGUUUUAUUGUGCAUAAAUACUGUAUUAUUGUUUUCCCCAGGUUUCCCCAAUGUAAACCUGUAACACAUACCCAGAAGAAGGUUUAGAGUUUUGUGUAGUUCAUGUCUGACUGAUGUGGUAUUGUUUUAGGAUUGUUACAAUUCUUGUGCAUUGCAGGUUUACUGAAUCCUAUUGUGCAAUCAUCCCAAUGUGAAGUCCUUUUUCAUCUUUUUCUUCUGUAAAUGUAAAACCACUCAAACUCAAGAAGGACUGAAGCCCUUUAAAGGAACCUUUAAUCACCAUACAAGCCCAUGAGGUUUGUGUGUUGCUCACCUUGCACAGAAUACUGGGGGCUGGGGGGAUGGAGACAAAGCUUGUGUCAAAUGAUAUUAGCCUGGUCAUGAGUGGAAGAUAUUUAGUUCAUUUUAUGAAGUGUAAGUGUAAAUAUGUUUGGGAAACAAGGGCUGUGAUGUCAUCUGUGGCAUCAAUGGUCAAUGCUAAAGCGUGACAGAAUGUGUAUAUUAAUUUGCCUUACAUUGUCUGAGUUGCCUUUAGUAAGACGACACUGUACAAAAACUUACAUCUGCAGUGUGAACAUUUUAUUUGCACUGGUGCUAGAAGGUGUUGGCCUCCUUGCUCAGUUUUGUGUCUGAGCGCACUGUAGUGUUUCAGUAUUGGCUGCAUGCAAUUUCAGAACUUAACAGAUGUGACAACCAUCAAACAGAGAUAGUGGCUAAGAAGGUACAGUAAAACAAAAACUAUUUUAUGCAUAAAACCAUCCCACUCAAAAGUGACAUUGCUUCAAAUGCCUUCAAAAGAAAUAAAAUCACACUGACAGGCCCGGUUAAUUCUCCAUGACACACGAACACUACUGACUUUGGUGUAUGUCAUUUUGAUAGACAUGAGCCAUUAUGGCCUGUUUGAUGAUGAUGCUCUCAAUAUGGCAAGUGGGAUGGGACGAGCAGGAAUACCUUCUGACACCUCUGUAAAUACUGAGAUAUGUCAAAUAUCAUUACAAUGUCCAUGCUCGAAAAAUGUGUGACUACUGUAAUUUUAACUCAGCGGACAUAUAAUGUAUUCUCACAAUAUCGUUACAAAGCUGCAGCUACAUAAUCACAUUGCUGCAACAUUGCUGCAAAAUUGUGAGGGUGUCGUGCGUUAACAGGGGAGCCAUUUCUUCCCGUGGUUGUCACCAGAAUUUCCUGGACUUGAUACUGUACAAAAGAUUUAUAUCGUUUAAACAUUCAGGAAGUUCUUUAAAUAUUUUUUGCUGCUUUUAUGCUGUGACUUGAACCUUGGGUUUAGUCUUUGGUUGUUUCUCUUAGUCUGUUUUUUUUUUGUUUUAUCUUUUUUUCCAUCCUACCUUUUUACCUGUGCAAUAUGAUGCUUUGUUUGUGUUUGUUUAUUGUGUACUUCAAUGUAAAUAGAGUGUUUUUAAAUUAUUCAUUUUUACAUUUUCUUUUAUGAAAUAUAUAUUCUGAUAUUUGUAAGUUUAUAUUUAGAGGUGUCCACAACAAAGUCUGCAUAAUUUUCCACCAUCAAAUUAAGACACAAUUGUGCCAAUUUCUGACCUUGUUUGUAAAUGGAGAAUACUAAAGUGUUUGGAUUAUUAAAUUGUUAUCUAUGUGUCAAAUAUAAAUAUAAUAUGUAAAUAGAAAUAAAAAUGUUUCUGAAUUAUACAUAAUUGUAUCAAGAGAUAUUGGCAGGAAAACUAUUUUGCUUAUUUAAACCUAUGUGAUUGCAGUGAUACCAUUUUUAAACCCCUUAUACAGUAUAUCUCAUCAACCAUAUUUUUUUAUUUUUAAAAUGGUUAUUUGUUUUGAAGCCCAACAUCUAAUAUUGUAAUAGAAUCCAAAUAUAUUUUGAAUUAUGAAAACAUGAAAACAAGCUAAAAUGAUGCAAAAUUCAAAUAUUUCCAAAUCAAAGAAAAAUAUUUUUGUUCUUUUUUGUUUAAUUAUAUAAUGCGUAAGCAAAUUAUUGAGGUUUUUGUUUGUGUCAUGGCUGUGCUGUCAUUUGUACAUACCUGUAGAUACUGUAAAGGGUAUGUGUUGGAUAGUCUGAUAGAUGUGUGUAAGGGAUACUUAAGGAAUAUGAAGUCUGUCAACCUUCAGGUGAUGAGAACAAAAUUGACAACUUUUUAUCUGAAUAAAUUUCAUAAAUUUAA